GCCUAAGAGCACAUAUCUUCUUUUGAGGUUUAACCCAUAUAAAGCUGAAUUCAUUAUGUUUUUCUUUCUUUUUUGGGAUAUCAGAUAUUCUGAGGUCAGUAGAGAUCAGUGUACAUUGUGUUUUAAAAAUAAAAGAUUGAAUUGACUGCUGUGGCUUAUAAAAGCAUAUUUGUGAUGGAUCACAAAACCAGUGUUAAGUCGCACGGGAACAUUUUUUAGUAAAAGCCAAUAAUACAUUGUAUGGGUAAAAAUGAUCGAUUUUUCUUGUAUGCCAAAAAUCACUAGGAUAUGAAGUAAAGAUCAUGUUCCAUGAAGAUAUUUUGUAAAUUUCCUACCGUAAAUAUAUCAAAAUAUAUAUGGCCUGCUACAGUGCCUCUGAUUAACAACUUCAAAGGUGAUUUUCUCAAUAUUCUUUUUUUUGCACCCUCAGAUUCCAGAGGUUUAAACUGUUGUAUCUCCGCCAGAUAUUGUCCUAUCAUAACAAACCACAUCAAUGGAAAGCUUGUUUAUUCAGAUUGACUCAGGAGUCGUGAAUCAGUAAAGAUUCUCUUCACGUCCACGCGCAGCUGUUCGUCGCGAACGAGUUUUGGUGCAGCGCGAGCUCGCCGUUAUCUCCAGGUGUGUGUUUUUAUGUCAGUCACACAGGCUCUGUUGUUGUUCGUGAUGCUGUUUGCGACCGACGUUCUCAAUACAGAACCAGAACAACAUGAAGCUCUGAAACACACCGACACACACAACAUGAUGGAUCAGAAUGAAAUUACAACCAUUAGCAACUUCAGUCAGACGUCACAGAAGUCUCCGUCCCCAGGAUUGGUUGCUGGUUGCCAUGGUAACCAGGUUCAAUCAGAUGGUCAGAAUUGCUCUUGUGCAGCAGGUCACAGUCAGGACGAGACAGACGAGUGUAAAGAUAUUGAUGAAUGUCAGCAGGGUGACCCUUGUGGUUACCAUGCCGACUGCACGAACACACCCGGAUCCUUCCUGUGCAGUUGUCUCCGUGGUUACCUGAUGGGUCUGAAGGGAUGUCAAGACAUAGAUGAGUGUGUGUUAGCAGCAGUAACGGGCCUCCGGGCGUGUGGACGCAGGGCAGAGUGCACAAACACACCCGGAUCUUUCAUCUGUUCCUGUCCGCUCGGAUACGUGCUGGCGCUGGACGGGCACAACUGCGUCGACGUGGAUGAGUGUAAUUUCGAGGAGAACUGUCGGCGAGAACUCGGGAACGUGUGUGUGAAUACAGAAGGAUCAUACAAGUGUUCAUGUCAACACGGAUUCAGAGAGGUAGAAGCCACUUGUGCAGAUGUUGAUGAGUGCGUCGAGCAGCAGAACGUGUGUGUCGGUGGAGGGGAAUGCGAGAACACGCUGGGAAGUUACAGGUGUGUGUGUAAGCGAGGUUACCGUGGAAACGGCACCCACUGCUCAGAUAUAAACGAGUGUUUGUCUGGAGAUCAUGGCUGUGAUGUCAACGCUCGCUGUGGGAAUAUCAUCGGCUCAUAUUUCUGUCAGUGUCAUCAGGGAUACAGCGGAGACGGACACGCCUGCUAUGAUGUAGACGAGUGUGCUCAGGAUAAUGGACUCUGUGAACACAACUGCACAAAUGAGCCGGGAACACACAGCUGCCAUUGUUCUACAGGAUACACGCUUACACGUGACCUACACAACUGUACAGACGUGGACGAGUGUGCGGUCAGUAAUGACACAUGUGAACAGUUCUGUACGAACACGCGUGGAUCAUUCCUGUGCUCCUGUCGCCACGGAUACCAGCUGCACAUAGAUGGACACAGUUGUGUGGGUCAGUGUGUGUGACAUUGACAUUAAACAAUCAGUGUUUGUGUCACAGUGGGAAUUCACUGUUGCGU